AUGGGUAGCCGUGGAAAACGGCUUGCCCGAGAAUCCUCAAGUGCGCGCGCUGUUGGUGCACCCGACAACCCCGACACCGUAUACGCCGGUACCCAGGAUGGUGUAUAUCGCAGCGACGAUCAUGGCGAGAACUGGCGGCGCACCGAUACGCUCAGCGGAGAGGUUUGGUCGUUGACCGCCCAUCCCAAUGAUUCGUCCAUCAUGUUUGCCGGUUAUGAUCAGGGCCGUGUUUGCCGCUCUGACGACGGGGGCGAGUCCUGGCGCCAACUGAACACCAAGGGGUUGCUGCAUCCCCACAUCACGAUGAACCCCUACGAAAUCGUGAAGAGGGUCAUUGGGUUGAGCGUCGACCCGGCUCACCCGAACGAUGUGUACGGCGCCAUUGAAGUCGGCGGGCUGAUUGCGUCCCGCGACGGCGGUGAGACUUGGUCCUGCAUUACCGACGGCCACUACACCCGCAUGGGCCCGGUCGAUCUGCACGGGGUGCAGGUGAAUGCCUCAAACCCCGGCCUGGUUUACAUCAUCACUCAACUUGCCAUGUUCCGCAGCCGCGAGCGAGGCCAGAGUUGGGAGUUUGUGCCCAUCGACGAGAUGUUCGACGGUGGCAGCUAUUGCCGGGACCUGGUGGUGGCUCCCCAUGACCCCAGCAUCAUGUAUCUGGCAGCCGGAGCCGGCGGCGGAAGCUCUCCAGCAGGUACCGUGGACGCCGGUGUGCUGAUGCGCUCCACCGACGCUGGCGAAUCCUGGGAUCGGGUCGACUUGGGCGAAAUUGCUCCGGCCCGUAUGUUCCAGAUCGCGAUCGACCGCCACUCUCCCAGCAACGUGUACUGUUGCGACCGCGAUGGCCACGUCUACUGCAGCGGCGAUAACGGCGAUAGCUGGAAGCGCACCGAUGUGCCGGUCGAUAUGUCCCGCGGGCGGCAUGUCUACCCCAUGGUUGCGGGCUAA